AUGGAGAAUCAGAAUCCUUGUGAGGUUCUUGGCUCAAAAGGGUUAAUUAAAAAACAAGAAUUUGUUAGAAUCAUACUUCAGUGUCUAUAUUCAUUAGGUUACACAAAGUCUGCAUCUUGUUUGGAAUUGGAAUCUGGGGUUUCGUAUAAAUCAAAGGAGUUUCAGUUACUUGAAUCUCAUGUCUUGAAUGGGAAUUGGGAUGAAUGUGCUACUUUUCUUGAUUCCAUUAGGGAUAUGUUAGGUGAGUCAGUAGAGCCUGCUUUGUUUCUUGUCUUUAGACAGUGUGUUAUGGAGUAUUUGAAAAAGGGUGAGGAUACUCUGGCUUUGGAUGUCUUGAGGAAGCGGGUUUCUGUGCUGAGGGUUGACAGGUGUAAAAUUCAUGGUUUGGCGAAUACCCUGCUUGGUGUUGUGGAUGAUGAUGAUGGUGAUGUUGGUUGUGAUUUACGAGGGAGGUUGUUGACGGAUUUAGAAAAGAUGCUACCACCGCCCAUUUGUUUACCGGGUGGGAGGUUGGAGCAUUUGGUUGAAACUACUGUUACGGCUUGGGUUGAUUCUUGCUUGUUUCAUACUUCGGCGAAUCCUGUUUCGCUUUAUGAGGAUCAUCGUUGCGGUAGAGAACAGUUUCCUACUACAACCACUCAGAUAUUAACUGGACAUAAAAAUGAAGUUUGGUUUGUUCAGUUUUCUAACAAUGGGGAUUAUCUAGCUUCUUCUUCCAACGAUUGUACAGCUAUCAUAUGGAAGGUGCAAGAAAAUGGGAAAUUGACAUUGAAACACACACUCUGUGGUCACCUACGAGCCGUAUCUUUUGUGGCAUGGAGUCCUGAUGAUACCAAGUUGCUCACUUGUGGGAACAUUGAAGUUUUGAAGCUGUGGGAUGUUGAAACAGUUUUGACCCUGAAAAGGGCAUCUGCAUGUGGGAUUGUGAUGGAAACGAGCUAA